CCGUCCGUCAUACACGCGUGCACGCCGUGGUGCACGCCGCACCCGCCAACCGGUCGAGCCAGUGUACGUCUGUUAGAAAUUAGUGAUUUCAGUUGAUUUUCAAAAUUUAAUUGAGCCGAGAUGACGGAAGAUAGUAGUAGCAGCUCUGGUAAUAAAUCGAGAAGAGAAUCAUUACUGUUAUCGCCGCUUCAAAAGAAAGAGAAGUUAAGGUCGAUUCUAACCAAAGUCGAAUGCCUCGAGGAUUCUAUCACCGAUAUGACUAUAGAGACUUUGAAGACAUGUAUGAACGAAACGGAUGAAAUAGACGCCGACACAUCUCUCCGGGAGAAGGUACAAAAUCAAGAAAUUAUAUUGUUGGAUUCGGAGAUGAUGCACGUGUCUUCUAGAAUUUUACAAUCCUAUAAAAGGUCUUUGAGAGAUAUCGUAUCCGUGUACGAUGAAGUAGAAUUUGCGCAUAAAGUGAUGAACUACAUACGACAAAACUCUAACGUGGAAACAGAAACACCAGAUUGGUCGGUUCUAGAGUCGGAAGUGACAAAACUUUUUAGAGUAGAACCGCAAUACAGUUCAUUCCUAGGCACCUUGGAGCCGUUAGAGAGGAAAGAAACGAUCAAGAGAGCGUCGAUAGUCAAAGCAGCUAAGGCACAAGUAAAGCGACCAGAGAACGUCACUACCGUUGAAAAAGAGGGAGAGAGCAUAGAGCUGACCGUGAAGAUAUACAAACUCAUUUCGAAAUAUUGCAAGAACAACAAGAAGCCCCUCGAUUAUUUCCGACUCGUCUUGGACCCGACAGAUUUUGGAAAGACUGUUCAGAAUAUUUUACAAAUAUCUUUUCUCGUUCGCGACGGACACGUGGAAAUAAAAGAUUCGGGUGAUGCUCUUGUAAUCGUACCUACCAAAGAGAGAAGGACUCAAGCGGCGACUGAGGAACGUCCAAACGUUCAGAAUGUAAUUUACCUCAACAUGGAGCAAUGGAAGAGUUUAAAGGAUGUUUAUCGAUUAGAAAAGCCGAUGAUCGAUUUUGAUACUUAACGCGACAGUGUAUGACCAGAGAUCACGGAAAGUGAGACGAGCCGUUCAUGUACAUAGAUCUUCAUACGUAUACGUUUCAUUAAAAGUUUGUGUUUUGUAAAGUUUUUAAUACCAAUAAAUGUUUAUUUCAUUCAUUAAA